AUGAAAAUUCUUCGCCCACUUGAUGCACUCGAAAAGAAUUUAUUAAAACUUCAAUUAUCAAAUCUUUAUGGAUGCAAUGUUCAUUUUACAGUAAGAUAUUAUUGGGAUGAAUUAGUUAACUUGCAGAAUUCAUUUUUAGAAAUUAAUAUCUCACAGAUUCUUUUCCCAGCUCUUGAAAGAGUUAUUUCUAAAACCCCUCAUUUGUGUAUUUCAAUUAAAGAUGCAAAGACAUCAAGCCCACAAUUUGUAGUUUUGUCUGAAAUUGAUUUUUCAAGAGUUAUCAAAUUUGUUUCUAUCUCAUCAAAUGAAGAAUUUGUCAAUAUUUCGGAAAAAGAACUUGUCAAAGAAUUCGAUUUAGAUGAUAUAACGAAACCUUACUGGCGUAUUACUGUUGGAACAAAUAAUUCAACAUCAUGUGAAGAUUCAAAAAAGCAACUAGAUUUCAAUUUUUGUAUAAUGUUCACAUGCAAUCAUAUAAUCGGUGAUGCGUUAAGUUCAAUGGCAUUUCAAGCAACUCUUAUGGAGGCAAUGGAUAAAGUUUUUUCGCAGAGAGAGACACAUAGUUUUAAAUUAAAGUUUACUAUUGAUCAAUCUAUGGUUAUUGAAAAUCCAUUAAGAUUUUAUGGAAGCAUUCAUCAACCUGAAAAUAAUUAUGUAAAAAAUAAUAAGCAUGUCAUAAGCCCUGUAUCAAUUAGUUGGCUUAAUGAAAUACGACAAUGUAAUGCCCUUAAUGGUAUUACUAAAAUUCGCUACUUUUCUUUAUUUGAAAAAGAAUUCGAACCUAUACUUUUAUUAGCCAAAACUUACGGGACUACUAUUUUAGCCGUCUUAAAUAUGUUGAUAUUUUUCUCAAUUAGAGAAACUAUUGGACAUAAACUUGACUCUCAAAUUUUAAAUGUUCGAGUGCCAUGCUCGUUAAGAGAAAGGAUAACUCCAAAGGUUUCUUGGAGAGAAUUUGGAAAUUUUAUUAGCUCGAUUCCAUAUGAAUUUAAUAUGAAUAAAAUUUCUUCUAUUAAAUUAUCUGAUAUUGAUUUUAAAGAACAAUUUUGGAAUUUAUGUCAAGAUUAUACAUUAGUUAUUCGUUCCGAUCUUUCAAUUUUAUCCGAACGCCUAAGUGAACAAACUAACUUUAUGGAAAAUAAAAAUAAUACGGGGGAAAAUAAUGCUAAAAACUUCAACACUAUAGAUAAAAAUGUAGAGGAUAUGAAUGGUGAGGAGAAUGUGGAAAAUCGAGACAAAACAAAUGAAAAACAAAGAUCAAUCAGCUUAAUUGUGUCCAAUUUAGGAAAGUUCCCUAUAAACUCAUCUAAUAGAAAACGAUCGAAUUUAAAAGUUGUCGGUUUAAAUUAUUCCAGUGGAUUAUUUAGGUCUCAACCUCCUGCUAUAAUCAGGAUAAAUUCAAUUUCUUAUUAUAACAUAUUGUAUAUGUGCGUUUUAUAUCAGGAUGGUUCUAUUUUUAUUAAUUGUGAACAAAUAGAUAAGUUUAUUGACAAGUUCUUGGAAAUAUCAAAGAUAAUAAUUAAAGACAAUUUGUUUUAG